CUUAUUUUGAAAGUAACUUCCCGGCACCGGCACUGACAAAGUUCGUGCGUUAGCAAACAGGAAGUGGACGAAGGUGAAAAACGGAUAAAAAUGGUAAAGUUUAAGGACAAAGAAGUGAAGUUUAUGCUAUUAGCGACGCCCAAAAGUGGCAAAUGGAGGACAACACACAUGGCACUGCUGCGUCCAGGGUAGCCUCGCAGGGAGAAAACCGCGAGACAGAGGAGGACACUGCCGUGAACAAUGAAGGACUACGCCACCAGCGUGGCUUUCCUGGGACAAUGGGGGCGAUUCCAGAAGGUGGUGUUCUUCCUGCUCUGCUCCACCAUCGUCCCCAACGGAUUCGGUGCCUUCACGCUCAUCUUCCUGACGGACGUGCCGAGUCAUCGCUGCCUGGUUCCCGACGUCGGCGUCAACCUCACCGAAGAAUGGCGCAGGUCCAUCAUCCCGGUGCAGGUGGUGAACGGGAAAGAGGAGCUGAGCAGAUGCACCAGGUACAGGCUGGACGUGGUCAGAAAUCUCUCUGCUCAGGGAUACAGUCCUGGCCGGGACGUCAACCUCACUGACCUGGAGCAGGAGGGCUGUGUGGACGGAUGGAGCUACAGCACGGACGUCUACCAGUCCACUGUCGUCUCUGAGUUUGACCUGGUGUGCGGUGACGAGUGGAAGCAGCCUUUAACCGCCUCAGUUUUCUUCGUGGGAAGUCUGUGUGGAUCCUUCUUCUCUGGACAGCUCUCAGACAGAUUUGGAAGGAAACCUGUUCUUUUUGCAACUAUAGCAGUUCAGGCGAUUUUUACGUUCGUUCAAGUCUUCUCUGUGUCAUGGAUUAUGUUCCUCAUCCUCCUUUUCUUCAAUGGUUUGGGGCAGAUUGCCAACUUUGUAGCUGCUCUAGUGCUGGGAGCUGAGAUCUUAAUUGGCAACGUGCGAGUUCUUUACUCCUCUUUAGGCACAUGUUUAGGCUUUGCUGUGGGCUAUAUGAUACUGCCCGUCUUCGCUUACUUUGUAAGGGACUGGAGAUUUCUCCUGUUGGCUUCAUCUCUGCCUUGCCUGGUCUACCUCCCCCUCUGGUGGUUCAUCCCAGAGUCUCCUCGGUGGCUGCUCUGUCAGGGAAGGGUGGAGGAGGCAGAGGCCAUAGUGAGAAAAGCUGCUAAAUGGAACAAAUGUCAGGCUCCAAGCGUCAUCUUUGAAGAUCACAGUCUUUAUAAGGAAAAAGCUGCCUCGGUGGAAAAACACAAUUUCCUCGACCUCCUGAGGAAGAGCAGCAUCAGAAUCACAACCCUCCUUCUCUGCUUGGUGUCGUUCACUGUGACCACUGGAUACUUUGGCCUGUCCUUCAGCACAGCUCAACUUCAUGCGAACCCCUACAUCAGCUGUUUCAUCUCAGCAGCCAUAGAGGUUCCUGGAAACAUCUCCAGCUGGCUAGCUCUGCUAUACUUUCCACGACGACACUCUGUCAUCGGUGUUUUGCUCCUCGCAGCAGCGCCACUGUUCCUCGUUCAACUUGUGCCUCAAAAUCUACCAAAUUUGGCUCUUGCACUGGAGAUAUUGGGCAAAUAUGCUUUUACCUGUGGUAUCUCCAUGAUGUUUGCGUACUCAGCAGAGCUUUACCCAACAUUCCUCAGGAACACAGCGACAGGGACAGUGGGGACCAUUUCGAGAGUGGGAACCUGCAUUACACCAUUUCUGUUGAAGUUGAAUAAAUACAUGAAGUACCUUCCUCAUAUUACUCUGGGGACUAUGGCUGUUGUGUCUGCUUUUGCCACGCUCUUCCUUCCAGAGAGUUUUGGACGACCUCUACCUGAAACUACUGAACAGAUGAAAAAAAGAGAAAGGAUAAAGUUUCCAUGCAUCAAGGGGGAAAAAACCCCAGUACCCUUGGAAUGCCCGGACAGUCCGUUAUGAUUAUCUGGAAUAUUUUAACACUGCAAGAGAGGAAACAUUUUCACAAAUUUCCCAUAGAAGAAUGCAUGGAUGUUGGUGUAGGUAUGCAACAACUGGAUACAUCUCAAGGCACUUCAGAAAGUAAGGUCAACACUUUACAGUAUUACAGAGAGAAACGCAACAGUUCCCACAAUGCAGUUUCUUUUGUAACGGGAAGGAAGUGACUCAGGGUGGGCGGCCGUUUGCCUUAACCAGUUGGGUUGAGAGGAGAGAAAUGGAAUAUGUUACAUUUACAUAAUAGGUUCAAUGUCAUAAGGAAUUGGGACUGGCUUAUGCCUCUGAUUGUCUGAUUAGCUGUUCCUAAGUUCCUUUUCCAAUUCCCUUACUUGUGUUCUAAGGGUCCUCCACAGUUUUCUUAGUCGUCUCUUUUCCUUCACAAGUCUGUCUAGUUCCUACUGUCUCCUGGACUUAGGCUGGGCUGAAGGUUCUUUCCGUGUCAUGUGGUGCUUGAUUUUAUGACACAAGUCUCUCUGCCCCUUAUUCGUAAAUGUUGUCUCCGGUCUUUUCCAGUUUUUCGUUCAACGUCUCCUUUCUGUGCUUCAAGGAGACGGACUAGAUGUGUAUCGAUGGUCAACCACUCUUUUUCUGGCAAGACUUGUUUACAUUCAUUAACUAGGACUUGAUGUUACAAUCCCUGAAGGAACUUUACUUUCCAGAGUGUAUUUUUUUUUUUUUUUUUUUGCGGUGACCACCAGAUGGAGCUACCGUUACAAUGCAUCAUACAUUAAGACGGUGAGGUGGGUUGGGCCGGCAGGGGUUAGGGCAACAUUAAACCUGGUUCUCUUUAGUGGAGGGUUCGCCCCUGAUUAGGGUAAGGUGAGUCACCACAAGUAGACACAUCAUCAGUUGUGCUCCAUCAGGUGUUGCAGCCUUUUAUCGCAAGACACCCUCAGUUGAUGCAGUGUGUGUCUCAUGGUUAGCUCCUCUGUGGUCACCCAGGAUCUUUCCUCUUCAGCCACAGCUUUAAAGGGCCAGUAUGGGGGUUAGGGUUAGAAAGCUGCUCGGACCGAGCCUCAGGUACGGGAGACUGACGCGCUAACCACUAGGCCCAAAAGCCCUGAGUCGUAGCGCUAUUCGCUAGUACGUCUCUUAAGGUGUCGGCAAGUGAUGUUUACAAACUGCACUCGCAGUGUUGUGUGGUGCGGUCCGCACCACCUUUUUGCUUUUCGAUUCACAGAGCCAGGGCUGAGCCGAAAACACUGAUUUUUUUUCUUCCGCGCGCACACAGAACCGACAGCUAGCGGACCUCGAGGAAAUAUUAGCUGAUUUUUACAAAAAUGCCAACCUCCCUCAGGAGCCUUGUGUCUGUGGGAACUUGUCCUGGGUUUUGAGAGGCGUGGUGUUGGUGGUUUCUCUUUUGGUCUCAGGUUCAGCUGCUAAGCACCUCAAUAGCUGGUUUUGUCGCCAGGGGGGAUCUUCCAUGUGUCGAUAUCGUGAUUUCAGCCCCUUGACAGGGACUUUGUAUUGAAACCCACUUUGUUGUAUUUUAAACCCCCCUGAGAUGCCACCCAAGGUCCCCGGUGUACCUGCUGCUGUCAGUUUCAAGUUGUGCGUUAGAUGACACCCGACAAGAAAACAGCAGCAAAACAGGACAUGUCACAGAUUCAUCUUUUAAUAAACCAUUCAAAAGCAAACAACCUUA